AUGUUCCCACUGCAAGCGGUUGGCGCGCCAGGCGAGUCCCAAAAUGUAGUCGGCAUUCUCUCUCUGCUGGCGCGCGAGCUACACAAACUCAGCUCAAAGACCAAAGCUGGCUCGCCAGCCGGAACACCUGACGGUGUGGCCGAGCAUGCCGUGUUCUCUCCAACCACGUCCAGUUCUUCCAGACGAAACACCAUUGAUGGCAUGGAAAUCGUCUCACACCCUCACAACCAACCAAGAAAGCGUCGGAGGGUGGACAGCUGUGGUAACCCCAACAUUGAUCUCGCCUUCCCCCUAGAGGACUUGGAAAACAUCACAACCAGCUUGCCGCCGCCCGAACUCUUGGAGGAUGUAAUCAACGUACACUUUAAUAUCAUCCAGCCAUGGAUCCCAAUUCUUCACGAGACCCAGUUUCGGAGAAGGGUGCAUGACCCGGAACAGCUACCACGUUUGGUGGUUGUUCUUCAUGCUAUGGUAGUCGCAGCUCUCCGAUUCGUUGACAACUCGGAAAUCCGACUUUCAGCAGUCGAGGUAGAGCGCCGUGUAUCGCGGUCAAGAAACAUUGUCAUUCUUAACGCAAUGGAUCAUCUUUCCGUUGAGAAUCUUCAAGCGCUGGUCAUACUAGCCUUUAAUGAUAUUGGAAAUGGAGACGCGUCGAAGGCUUGGUCAAUCGUCGGAUCUCUCACGAGAACAGUUGAGUACCUUCAGAUGAGCAUCGAAGCUGAUCAUCAAGACAAAGAACCUCUUCUGAAGCCAUUGCCGUCAAUACCUCCACCGCAAAACUGGACUGAAGAAGAAGAGCGACGUCGAGUCUUUUGGAACAUUUUCAACCUUGACAGAUUUUGCUCCGUAACUACAGGGUGGAAUACCAGCUUGACAUCUGACGAUGUCUACCGUAGACUUCCGGCCGAUGGCGGCCUAUGGCACAAGGAAGAGUCCGUAAUCACCCCAUUCUUCGGCAUUUGGGAUCGAUCAGCUGCCAAAAUGGGCAAUUCCAUCGCCUUCCUACCUGCACAUUAUCCCAGUCCGGAGCAGACGGCCGAUGCGCCACCACAAACACCCAUAACUGCCCAUCCUCGCAAAGGCCCCAACACAGUCGACAUGACGACAGUCGGGGCGUUUGCGUACUGCAUAGAAGCGACUGAGUCUCUCAGUAGAGUCACGACUUACUUUCUGCAACAGAAAAUCAACUUCCAGGACAGACAAGAAGUCAGUAGCUGGCUUACGCGAUUCAAAGAGCUGGACCUACGUCUAGUGCAUUGGAAAAUGUUUCUUCCUCAAAAGUGGAAAGACUCCAACAUCUCUCGCCAGCCCGCUCUCAUCAACAUGGAUCCCAAUCUCACCCUUGCACAUAUCACUCACAAUACCUCCAUGAUUCUUCUCCAUCAACGCAUAGCGUACCCAGAGCCUCGUUGGUCCAACAUUGUAAAGUUACCUAGUUUCUGUAGCGCCGAAACGUGUCAAGAAGCUGCGGUCGAAACGACAACCAUCACGGAGAAGUACUUGAAAUACACCCCGGAAAACAGCCUGGCUACCAGCCAAUUCGCCUUUUGCGUCUUCAUCAGCGCCAGAGUCCUUCUCGUCCACUGGCGAUAUUACGACGCAGAGCUUGCAUCGGAGUUCUGGACCCUAGUCGAGAGCAUGGAGGAAAUGGCCAAGCGCUGGGUCGGGCCCAUUCUUAAAGAAAAGCACGCCCAGUGUCUCGCCGGCAAAUACGCCGCGCAGCUCCGCGACCUUCAUCGCAAGUGCCAAGCAGAUCCCCAGUUCACUGUCGAUGUUUUGGGAUACUCCAGCGGCAUCAGCGGACAGGGAUGCAGUCCCGCUGCUCAGACGCCGGCAUUCAGCCAUCAGCAGGGCAAUGCUUUGUUCGCCCAGAGCCCCAACAGGAUGGCACCGCGCGUUCCAAGUCCGUUGGGACCGAACCGCACGACGGGGUUAUCAUCGCAGCCUCGACCAACGCCCAUCUUCCAGAACCAGCAGUCGCACGGUCAGGUCAGGCAGGGCUCGAUGAUGGGCCCCAUGGGAUCGCCGAUGCCGAUGAGCGGGUUCACUCCGAGAGACUCGGAUGCGCCUGAUGAGCUCUCUGCCAUUUCGCACAUGUUGAUGGAUCAGAGGUUCAUGGAGAUGGACAGGAUCAUCAGCUUUGACGAUAUGAUGUUCACAGCGCAAACGGCAAACAGCGGCAAUGCGUCCAUGCCAGUAAAUGGCUGGGGUCCUGUUGAUAACACCCAGUUGGAAUAA